UCCAGAGGGCAGACUCUACCUUCCCCACCACUAGGGGGGUUGGCGGAGGGGAUGGGGACAGACCCUGAAAAGGGCGAGUUGACAAGACUUUACAGCUCCCUGAACACGGCACAGAGAGAGAAGGAGCCGUUAAAGGUGAAAGGUGUGCGUGUGAACCGCUGAGCCUGCUAAGCCAGGAGCCCCAUUGUAUGAUCUGUGUGCGCGGCCAGGGGAGCUGUUUGAAGCUCAAAGCCUACCACACACACCCCCAUCCCACCCCCGGGCUGUGUGAGCGGGGCCACCUCAGUACUCUUGCGGCUAUUCUGGGCUGCUGUCUGAUCUCCCUCUCUUCCCCAGCCCCUACUUCAGCCCUUCUGCUGGGAGUAGCCGGGUGGGGAAAGGCCGGGCCAGUUACAUAAAUAAGCCCAUGGCUGGGACCCCGGAGGCCAGGCUGGAGAGCAGGUGCUUAGCCCCUCCCUCACCACCAACAGUGAAAAUCUCUCUCUGGAGCCCAGCCUCUGGGCGGCCCAGCAUGGAGGCAGCCACAGCUCCCGAGGUGGCCUCCUCAGGAUCCACACUGAAGGUGAAAGAAACGAGCCCAGCGGAUGCAGAAGGACCCCCAGCUUCACCUCGACAGGAGGCCGGCAGCCCCAUUCCCCAGCUCCUGUCCCCUAUAGAAGAGCACCCCAAGAUCUGGCUACCUCGCGCCCUGAGGCAGACCUAUAUCCGGAAGGUCGGAGACACCGUGAACCUACUAAUCCCAUUCCAGGGCAAACCCAAACCUCAAGCCACCUGGACACAUGAUGGCUGUGCCUUGGAUGCCGGCCGUGUGAGUGUGCGCAAUGGGGAGCGGGACUCCAUCCUCUUCAUCCGAGAAGCCCAACGUGCUGACUCAGGUCGCUACCAGCUCAGCGUGCGGCUGGGCGAGCUGGAGGCCACUGCCACCAUUGACAUCCUGGUGAUCGAGAGGCCAGGCCCUCCUCAGAGUAUCAAGUUGGUGGAUGUUUGGGGCUCCAAUGCUACUCUGGAGUGGACACCUCCCCAAGACACAGGCAACACGGCACUCCUCGGAUACACCGUGCAGAAGGCUGACACAAAAUCUGGGCUGUGGUUCACGGUGCUGGAACGUUAUCACCGCACCAGCUUCACAGUCUCCAACCUCAUCGUGGGCAACUCCUAUGCAUUUCGAGUCUUUGCUGAGAACCAGUGCGGGCUCAGUGAGACAGCCCCCAUCACUGCUGACCUUGCCCACAUCCAAAAAGCAGCUACCCUUCGCAAGACUGGGGGGUUUGCACAGCGAGAUUUCUCUGAAGCCCCAAAGUUCACCCAGCCUCUGGCAGACUGCACCACAGUCAUGGGCUAUGACACCCAGCUCUUCUGCUGCGUCCGCGCCUCUCCCAAGCCAAAGAUCAUCUGGCUGAAGAACAAGAUGGAUAUCCAAGGCAACCCCAAGUACCGAGCCCUCACUCACCUGGGAAUCUGCUCUCUCGAAAUCCGCAAGCCUGGUCCCUUUGAUGGGGGUAUCUACACCUGCAAGGCAGUUAACCCCCUGGGGGAGGCAUCUGUGGACUGUCGGGUGGAUGUGAGAGCUCCUCACUGAGGCCUCCAAAGAAGAUUAGGGCAACUCUGACAAAGUAUAAGUUGGAAAAGAGGAUGCACAUCCAUCACAGAGACACAGACAGCAGAACACACAUAUACGUACAUAGCUAAUUAAAGACCAAGCACUAAGACUUGAGGGCUGGGAGACACUGAAGAAAUUGGAGCAGAGUCUCACUAAGCCUUGGGGAAAGAAUAAAGGUGAGGUGCUCUUGCUUACAUGUUUGCUUUCAUUCUCAUAACAAGUAAGAUAUUAAAGCCAUUCUGUAAUGGCAUCUGCAAAAGACAGCAACAGCUCCCCCCAUCUUGGCUAGCAAGGGCAUCGUGCUCGUCCCAAAGAGUUGGGGUCUGUUCCCCUCCCCUCGCAUCUGGGCUGACCAUGUGACCUGCUUUAACCAAAAGAAUGUAGUGGAGGUGAUGUUGUGCCAGUCUGGGCCUAGACCUUAAGAGGUCUAGUAGUUGAAUCUCAGGACAGAUUUCCAAAUUAUGAGAGGCCACAUGCAGGACAACCCAGCAUCCCAGCUGACAGCCAGCACCAUCGCCCUAGAUACAUGUGGCUGCCUGAGACCUUUCAGCGCUAGUCAAGUCCAAUCCACUGGGACUGGAGUAGAGAGGUCAUGGAGUAGAGACAGGUCCUCCUAGCACGACUGUCUGUAAAAUCAAACUGUAAAAUCAUGAGAUCUGGGGUUUCGAGCCCGAAAUACUAGGGUGGUUUGUUACACAGUAGCACGUAACUGAAAUAGUCUUCUCGACAUCAGACACUGAACGUCAGGCUUUAUCACUUUUAAUCUCUAUUUUCCAAAUGGGGAAGUUGAAGUUCAUAAGCUGCUCCAAGUCACGAAGCUGGUAAGUUAGCAGAGCUAGGAUUGGAACCAGGUCUGCCUGACUUCAAGCUUUCUCUCUUUCCUCUCAUCUCUUUCACCCAAGCGACGCUCAACUGUAGCAGGUCUGGGGGGUGGGAUCAUGGGUUGUAAGAAAGAAAAGACCGCUAGGAGGCAGUAAAUCUUAGGCAAGGCUUUGAAGAGGAGGAGGGUGUGUUUCGGCUGAGAAAAAUGAGACAGGCUUUUCUGUUCACACCAAAGGUCUAUUUUCAGCUGAGGCAAAUGUCUAUUCCAGCCUUUCUCAACUGGAGCACUAUGAGAAUGCCCCAGUGCCCCCCAAGGCAUCCAUUAUAUGUCAUAAUUAACUUUUUCCACGCAUCCAGAAUGUCACUAGUUAUGUAGCAUCUUGGGAAAACUGAGAAACUAGCCACACAAAUUAUUUGUACGGUCAAAUACCCUUGCGGGACCCCUUGCUGCAACUGCCAGGUUGGGGAGAGAGGGGGACCAGAGUCCAGAGCCAGCUAGUCGGGGACACAAUGGCCAGGAGGCCUCCCUUCAGCUGAAGCAGGGCCGGGGUCAGGAAGGAGUGGAAUACACCCAGCUACGAUGCCCUAAGGAUCAGUUAGACCUCUGGCCUCAGCCCACCGCCCCAUGCCUCUGCUAUCAAAGUACUCAAGGUUCCUAUAUGCUGAGCCUUCACGGUGAAGGAAUAAAAUCUUCACGCUGAACAAGACUUCCAGUCAUAAUCUUCCCACAUUCAAGAAGAACUGUACUGGAAUCCUUAAUUUUGUCAUUUAUGCCCUCAACACUAGGGAGUUCCUUCUGAAGUAAGGUCUACCACGUGCCAGGGAGGGGGUGUAA